GAUUUUGCAUUUCCGGGAGGAAGAUCGUUUUGUUUACAAACAAUCUUCCUACCUGUCAGCUUGAGCACACUGCUCGGGAUUGCUGUGCACCGUACAGUGUUCAGUGCUUACAGUGAAGAACACACACCUCGCCCCCUAGUAAAACACACGCAGCACACAAUUAACCCUUUGAUCGCCCCUCACAAUAACCCCUUCCUGCCCAGUGCCAUUAGUAUAGUGUCAGUUCUUUUUUUAGCACUGAUCACUGUAUUGGUGUCACUGGAGAUGUCAGUGACACCAAGUUAGUUCCCCCCUAGUGUCAGAAAAUCCACUGCAGUCCCGCUAAAA